AUGUCUGACACAGUCCUCCGUAAACUAUGGAUGGAUAAACUGAGCCCACAAACGUCACAAAUAUUAGUGUCACUCCCGGACGAUUUGGACCUACAGCGAUUGGCAGAAAUCGCGGACAAAAUAUAUGAGAAUAAACCUCCGGGAACUGCUUCUGCGACACCACUACAACCUAUUGUCUCUUCAGUCCGUGACUCACAAGAGUUAUCGAAAAUUAAAGAUUGUAUAGCCGAGCUUACCUCACAGUUACAAGCUCUACAAACCGCUAUGCAUCAGCAAAAUCGCACACCAAACAAUUUCACUAGACGACCACGUCUAUCACAUCAUACUAGGCGAAGAUCACGUUCCACAUCCAGAGGCAGGCCUAUAUUUAAUACCUGUUGGUAUCAUUUUAAAUACGGAAACAAGCGCAGCAUUGUACGAAACCGUGUAUUCACGAUAGCCCAAGUUCGAACCCCAAUCCUAGGAGCGGAUUUCCUCGCCCACUUUAACUUGUCCGUUAAUAUGUAUUCCCUUUCUUUGGAUGAUAAAACGACCAACAUUACAAGGAAAGGAAUUACAUCUAUUUAUACGAGCACAUGUAUCAACGCAACUCUACCUGAAGCCAACGGAAUGCAGGAUCUGUUACAAAAAUAUUCUCAAAUUACAACACCAUUCCGGUAUACAGAAACCGUUCGUCACAAUGCUGAGCACCACAUUGAUACUACGGGCCCACCCACGCAUUCAUCUCCACGGCGAUUGAGGCCUGAUAAAUAUAAACUGGCGAAAGCCGAGUUUUAG